AUGCGCCGCCGGCCUUUCCUUCCGUCUUCAGCGAAGGCUUUUGCUCCUCGUGACAAAUUGUAUAUUGUGCUCAAUCCAAAGUAUUCGGACUCGCUGGCGAAAGUUCUUAGACAGGCAAAGCCGGAAGAUUACACCAUGCGCAAGCGAAAGGACUCUUCCAGACAGGCAACACUGCUGAGUAUACUACUAGCACCCGACACUGCUAUAUGGACAAUUUGUGAGACCGAUUUGUUUCAAGUUUUAUACCAAGCCGGACAGGAAUAUGGGCCGUCUCAAGCAAGCCUUACAGAGACCCGCUAUAUCCAAGCGCAUGUCGUACAUGUUGACACAAUAUCACGUAAUGAGAUGAGCUUUAAAUUGACUUCCGAAACUAUCCAAAGCUUGAUCGAAUUCUACGACAUUAAUAUUUCAUGCCAUUUGAGCUCCUCCAUUUCCAAUGAGCCUCAGAAAUCAACGGCCCCUCACCACAAAGAUCCAAAGCAGGCAUUUGUUCGAAAGAUCAACGGAUUUGUAUUCUGUACUCCCGUUUCGGCCUUAGAGAGCCUGAAGAGUGAUGGAACUGGGACUCUUCUUGGGAGACAAGCAAUGGCGGCGCGUGAAGCUAUAGAACGUCUGUUAGUGUCUGUAAUAGCUACGCAGCAAGAGGGCAGUCUUCCGCAGCAAGUGGGCAGUCUUCCGCAGCAAGAGGGCAGUCUUCCGCAGCAAGAGGGCAGUCUUCCGCAGCAAGAGGGCAAUCUUCCGCAGCAAGAGGGCAAUCUUCCGCAGCAAGAUGGCAGUCUUCCGCAGCAAGAGGGCAGACUUUUGCAGCAAGAGGGCAGACUUUUGCAGCAAGAGGGCAGUCUUCCGCAGCAAGAGGGCAAUCUUCCGCAGCAAGAUGGCAGUCUUCCGCAGCAAGAGGGCAGACUUUUGCAGCAGGAAGAGGGUCUGUUGCCGACCCAAGAAAGAGGACAGAUUGAUUCUUUCAAUAGUCAUUCCUCUUUCGAGCCCUGGAGCAUCGAGGAAGUUUUGCCUGAUAUGACCAUCCCCUACCGCCCUCUUGCUCACACGGUAUAUACCGACCAGAGCUCCUCGCUCGGAGCAGUAUGGGGACCUCUUCCGCUUUUAUCUAGAGAUGAGCAGCAGUUUCCUGCACCUUAUGCCCAGUUUUCAUCGCGCUCUUCACUGCUUCAAUAG